AUGGCUCCUUCAGCAACAGACACCUCCUUCGCAGCCCAUGUAGCAAGCCAAUUCCAAUCCUACGAAUCAGACCGUCAAGCCUCCUCCAAAGAAACCCUCUACACCACCUCCAACGGCGUCCCCAUCGCCCACCCCUACGAAACCCAACGAGCCGGUGAAAACGGCCCUCUUCUCCUGCAAGACUUUCACUUGAUCGAUCUUCUCUCCCACUUUGACCGUGAGCGUAUUCCAGAGCGCGUUGUUCACGCCAAGGGAAGUGGUGCACAUGGUUAUUUUGAGUGUACGGACCCGCUUGAUGAUUUGUGCCUGGCGGAUAUUCUGUCGGAGAAGGGGAAGAGAUGUUCGGUUAGUAUGAGGUUUUCGACGGUGGGGGGUGAGUCGGGAUCGCACGAUAUGGCGAGAGAUCCGAGGGGUUUUUCGGUGAAGAUGAGGACUGAUGAGGGUAACUGGGAUAUGGUCUUUAACAACACUCCUGUCUUCUUCUUGAGAGAUCCCGCCAAGUUCCCUCACUUUAUUCACACUCAGAAGCGAGACCCCAGCACUCACCUCACUCACGCCGACGACUCUUUCAUGUUCUGGGACUACCUCUCCCAGAACCCCGAAUCAAUCCACCAAGUCAUGAUCCUCAUGGGUGACAGGGGGAUCCCGAAAAACUACCGUCAAAUUCACGGCUAUAGCGGUCACACCUUUAAGCUUGUCAACAAGGCUGGCGAUUGGGUUUACUGUCAAAUUCACCUCAAGUCGAUGCAGGGUGUUGACUUUGUCACCCAGGAGGAGUCAGCCGAUUACUCUCCUGAUCACUCACAAAAGGAUUUGUAUGAAGCUAUCCAGAAUGGAGAUUACCCCAAGUGGACUCUUGAAGUUCAGACUAUGACUCCUAAGGAGGCCGAGGAGUUGUGGGAGAAGCAAAAUAUUAAUGUCUUCGACCUCACUCACGUGUGGCCUCAGAAGAAAUUCCCUCGUCGCAAGGUCGGAGAGUUCACACUCAAUGAGAAUGCGAUUAACUACUUUGCGGAAGUCGAGCAGAUUGCUUUCAACCCAUCUCAUCUGCCCCCCGGCGUUGAGCCAUCGGCCGAUCCUGUUCUUCAGUCCCGAUUAUUCUCUUAUCCGGAUACACAUCGCCAUCGUCUUGGAGUCAACUACCAGCAACUUCCCGUCAACGCGACCAGAACAGGAUACCAGUUUGGAAACUUCCAGCGUGACGGUCAGAUGGCGUUUUACAAUCAGGGCGCGCGCCCUAAUUACUUAUCCUCUAUUGAUCCUAUCAAGUUCCGUCCCAGGACCGUCGAUCAGGAUAAGACUCACGGCCACUUCACCGGCGAAGCCAUUACGUUCCUCACCGAAAUCCGACCAGAAGACUUCAACGCCCCUCGCGCACUUUGGCGAAACGUCUUCGAUGAGCCCGCGAGAGAGAGGUUUAUCAAUAAUGUGACCGGCAAGAUGAAGCUUUGCAAGCAAGAAGAGCCUUUGAAGCGACAGAUCGCCAUCUUCCGGGAGGUUGAUCCUGAAAUUGCUGAGAGAUUGGAGAAGUCAACUGACAUCAAGGGAUACGAUGGAAUUGCCAACAUGACGUUUAAUGGCACGCACAACGGCAUGACUCCUGAUGGGAAGAACAAACUUGCGAAUGGAAUUGUGGAUAAGAGUAAGAGUCCUGCGGCACGCCAAGGUGCGCCAGGUUCUGGGGCUCAUAGCAGAUUGGAGACCAACGGAAAGUCAAACGGUGUAAAUGGACAUUAA